AUGAUACAAUCAACAAUGACUACUACUUCACUUGAUGCGCAUUGCUCCACUCUUCGAGCCCAUGCUGCCGAUAUGACUGUUGAGCAACUAAGAGCAACAUUCGAUGCGUUCGCUUCGCUUCUCAAAGAGACCAAUGAUCCUGAAUCGAAAUCCGCCAUCAUCGAACACAUAAUUUCUCCACUAAUCAAUCUCCCAUACAAGACAAACGCGUUUGCCGAGUCGACUUUGAUUGCACAUGAACUUUUUCUUAUUCUACGUGACGAUGCCAUCAUUGCGCAAUUUCGUCAGCGGCAAACCGGAACGCACACUACACACAAACAUACCCAGUUAGUUUCCGUCUUAUUUAUGAAUGUUAUUCAUAAAAUGAAUGAAGAUAAUGUCAGCGAAUUUCAUCAUUUACUCUUUCAUCAACCAUUGAUCGAUGAAUUAGCAAAUUGCCUUCACGAGAUCGGUACGUACGGUCAACAUUUAACAAAUAUUACGCUUCUUCGUUCAAUUAAAUCGUUAUUAUUAACAUAUAAGAAUUAUCUAAGACAUACAAUCAUUGGCGAUGAAUAUACAUUACUUCUGCCCAUACUGAAUUCUGUUAUUCAGUGUCUUUGUUCCUCCUAUGCUGUCCGUAUGAUCAAAACUUUGAAACAUAAUUUUACUCAAAAACUUACUGAUCCUCAAGCAUUAUUUCUCGAUACGUUGCCAUUCUAUCUACAAUGGUAUUUUGAGUAUGAAGAUCCGGAGAACUACGGUCGUAUUUUAAGAGUCUUGUUAAAUGAAUUUACUCAAUGGUUCACCAACUGUCCGCCUCAAGCUUACAUAACUUGUACACAACAUAUCGGGCGAAUGAUUCGACAUUUAAACUAUUUUCUCGUUCGUCCGGUCGAAUCCGAAAACGUCCAUAUAUUUAGUGAGGAAUUUUACCAUGACUAUUGUAAAUUAGUUGCACAUUGGUCGUUGAUUUUGUCAACAACAUUGCCGUGUUUUCCCGAUGAAAUCAGUGUCAAGGAUAGUACACGAAUCAUUAUUAAAAAUUUGUAUAAUUUCACACUGCAUUUAAACGUUUUGAAUUACAUGAAAACGAUGCCGAACUUGAUUCCGAUGCUUUUGAAAGUGACCGAUAUUGAAGAUGAUGAAAUACAAGUCAAUGCUUACCGUUGUUUGGGCAAAAUAAUGACGGAAGCUGAUAUCAAAACAAUGACAAAUCCAAGUCAAAUUGCCAGUGUAUAUAUUGAUUUUAUUACGAAUACAAUCGAUGAUCCGUAUCAAAAGGAACGAUUUCAUAGUCUUCUAAAAAGUUUAAAAAAUUUUGUGCAACAUGAUCAAGUAAAAACAGAAUUGAUCGAACUGAAAGCACUUCCACUUCUAGUCAAAUGUGUUGUUGAAACUCAAUAUGAUCCGAUUAAAGUUCAACAGAUCUCAUUGGAGAUGCUUCUUGCUCUUUCGUUCAAUACUGAGGCGUGCUCGUUUCUCCGGCAGAAUCAAAGUUUCAUCGAUCAUAUUCGAGCUCUUACUCUCAAUACCGAUCCCGACAAAUCAGGCUUGCAACGUGCAGCCGAAGGUCUCCUCUGGAAGUUAGAAGAAGAAGAAAAAGCAGUGGCGAAACCAUCGAUAGCCAAUUUAUACAAAUACGAUAUUAUGAUCAGCUAUUCCCAUAAAGAUCAACAGAUAUGUCUGCAAAUUCACGAACAACUUGUCAAAGAUGGAUUCCAGGUCUGGUUCGAUCGGGAUUGUCUACGCGGAUCUACAAUGGUCGGUAUUGCGAAUGCGAUCGAAAAUUCCAAACAUGUACUUAUUUGUAUGUCAAACACAUAUAAACAAAGUGUCUAUUGCCAUUCAGAGGCACAUUAUGCAUUUGAACGAGGAUGUCGACUAAUUCCGAUCGUAAUCGAACCAAAUUAUAAACCAGAUGGUUGGCUCGGAAUUAUUGUCAGUGGAAAAAUCUACGUUGAUUUUGGAAAUGUAGAAUUUCAUUUGGCUUAUGAAAAAUUAAAGAAUGAAAUUAACGAACAAGAGCAUCAUGAUCUCAUCGUGUCACCUGUAAAACCAGAAGAUAAAGAUUCAACUGAGCCAACAGUGACGUAUUCCGAAUCAUCUGAUACGUCUUAUCAAUCGAUUGUUGCGCUGCCUAAAUGUAUCACUGAAUGGACGUGUGAUCAUGUCAAGUUAUUUUUCCAGCGAAAUGGACUUAGCAAUACAUUUCUCCUCCUCUUUCCACAUAUCGAUGGCCAUCGUCUUUUGCAACUGUAUGAAAUGUGUCUUAGCAAUCGGGAGUCCAUGUAUCAAUCACUAAAAUUCGAAUUGAAUGAAAGAUAUCAUACACUAUUACCCAUCGCUGAUUAUCUUAGUUUUCUUCACGAAAUGAAAGCAAUGACUGAUUAUAUCGAAGAACGAUUCACAGUGAUUUCACCACGUUUCAAUCAUAAAUUAUCGUGCAUAUUUCAUCGAAAAACUUCGCCUUACGUUGACGAUCAAAAUCGUGAACAUGUCGUGAUUCUUUGUCAUGGCUACUUGGCGAAUAAAAACGCCGCUUUCCUUCCUGAACUAUCUCGCGGUCUAUCAGAUUCCAGCGUGAAACAGUUUCACUCAGUUCGAUUCGAUUUUCAUGGCUGUGGAGAAUCAACUGGACGAGAAGAAUGGGAUUACGGAGGCUAUGAAGAUGAGGCAAAGGAUGAUCUUCGAUCAAUUGUCGAAUACUUGCGAAGUCAAAAUAACAAAUAUUUUGUGCGAGCACUUGUAGGCCAUUCACGAGCGGGUACAACUGUAUUACUUUAUGCACUGUAUUUUGAUGAUAUUCCAUUGAUCGUCAACGUCGCAGGUCGUUAUCGACUUGAGCGUGGCAUUAACGAUCGAUUCUCUAAAAAGCAAUUAGAUGAACUUGAUCGAAACGGUUCGUUUGUUAUCCAUACUUUAGAGAGUGGAGAUUUUCGGAUAACAAAGCAAGGUAUUGAACGUCGGAAAAAUCUUGAUAUCGACAAAAUCGAUCAAAUUCGCCAUGCUCGAGUAUUAAAUAUUUGGGGUGAUCAAGAUGAUGUUAUGCCCGGCGAUGACAUAUAUUUAUUCAAUGAACAGUUGGCAAAGACAAAAAAAACAGAGAUGGUCAUCGUACCCGACGCUGAUCAUUGCUUCAAAGAUACAGAAAAGAAGCUAAUCGAUAUCAUUAAGCCAUGGCUUCAACAAUCAAUUGAAUAA